AUGGCAUCCCCCGUCCAGUCCGGGGAUUGUGCUGGCAGGCGUGUCAUCAUCAAUGCUGAAGAAUUUUCCGUAGACGCUGAGGAAGGAAACUGCAAGAGUGGUAAUCCAAUUGAAGACUUUAAAUGCAACGUCGAGAUAUUGGCGGAAUUCUCGCGAAUUACUAUUUUCCUUCCGGAAAUCGUAGGCAUUGACGAAAUCUUCAUUGGGGCUCUAGUUACGGAUGCACCAGGUGGACUCUCCUGGAUCUCAGUCGAACGUCGGGAGUUUGCCUUAUGGAAGAUAUGUACGUCAUAUGCAGCAUAG